AUGGGGAGAAGCAGGAAACGAAAUCGCCAUUCGAAGAAAGAGCAACAUGCUAAAGAUGAACCAAUUUCAUCAGAGGAUAAUCAAGAUUCUUCUGUUUCAGAUUCUGAAGAGAUGCAAAGUGAUACUGACCUACUUGAUUAUCAUGAGAUUCUGCUUGUUUCUAUCUCAGGAGAGAAAAUUGUGUCAACAUUUUCUAGGGACUCUUCUUUAACAUGGAUUGUUAGUAAUUCUUUGUUGAAAAUGUACUCUGCUACCUGUCUUACAUUGGACAAUGGUUCUGAUUGUGAUUUAGUUGAAAGGGUGUUUAGAACUAUGCAUAAAAGAAAUGUUGUUGCGUGGAAUACUAUGUUUUCAUGGUAUGUGAAAAGGAAGAGGUUUUCGAAAGCAGUGAAGUAUUUUGUUAUGAUGAUGAGAUUAGGCAUUAAGCCAAUUGUUGUUAGUUUUACUAAUGUUUUUCUUGCCGAUCAAUACAAUAUCAUUACUCAUACCAAAACUUACAAACUCAUCUUUUUGAAGAUCGAAGAAAUUCCUGUAUCAGAAAUAGGGGAUUUUAGAGUUGCUGAUGUGACAUUUGUAUUUGCUCUGAUGGAAAGAGAUAUAGUGUCAUGGAAAACCAUAGUGUCUGCUUUGGUACAAAAUGAACUGGAUAAUGAGGAUUUGAUGCUUCUAUAUGAGAUGAAAAAGCUAUGGGUUGCAAUUGAUGAUAUAACAAUUACCAUCCUACUUUUUGCGGCAUCAAAUCUUAGGGACAGGGAAAUUGGUAAACAGACCCAUGCUUAUCUUCUGAGGCACAAUAUUCAAUUUGAAGGCAUGGAGAGUAACCUGAUAGACAUGUAUGCCAAAUCUAAUAUGAUUAGAGAAGAACAAGCAAUAUUCCAGUGGAAUGCUAAGAUUGCUGGAAACACACAAAAUGGAUUAAUUGAACAACCCUUUGCUGUCUUCAAGGAGAUGCUUGAGCAGAAUGUGAAGCCAAAUGAUGUGACCUUAGCUUCAAUCCUACAAUCAUGCAGCCAGUCAAGAAGUAUAGCAAUAGGCAAGCAACUACAUUAUUUUGCAAUUCACAAUUUGUUUGAGAACAAUGUUUAUAUUGUUUCUGCUUUGGUAGACAUGUAUUCAAAAUCAAGAAUCAUUGAUUAUGCUGAAAGUGUUUUCUAA